AUGGCUGCACCUCCAAAGCCUUGGGAAAGUCCAGGAGUAAACAGAUUACAAGGAUCACCAGUUGUACCAUCUAACAACAUGUCAGGACCUGGUGCACCUCUCCCACCAUGUUGUACGGGACCAACAGCAACUGGGAGUAGAGAGCCACCUCCUCUUCCUGGCAGACCAUCUCAGCAAGGCAUGUAUGGCAGUCGUAUGUCAGGUCUGUCUGGGUUUGGAGGGGGAUAUGGUGGAAUGGGGUAUGGAUCCUCCUAUAUGAGUCCAUACAGCAGCUUUGGAGGAGGUAUGUAUGGUAGUCCGUACAGCAGUGUGGGGGGAUAUGGCAUGGGCUAUAACAGAUAUGGGAUGAAUGGGCCUGAAGAUCAGUACAAUGGAUUUGCCAGGCAAGCAGAGGAGAGCUCACGACAAGCCUUUCAGUCUGUCGAAAGUAUUGUAAAUGCAUUUACAUCUGUCAGCAUGAUGUUGGACUCCACGUUUCAGGCAGUGUACAAUUCCUUUCGAGCAGUUCUUGGAGUGGCAGACAAUUUUUCAAGACUGAAAAUGCAGUUAGGACAUGUGUUUUCAGCACUUGCUGUUAUCCGGGUGAUCCGAUACCUCUACAGAAGGUUGCUGGUGCUGCUGCGCCUCAGACCAGCUGGAUAUGCUGAGGAAGCAUGGACACAAGCCUCUGACACAGUAGAACAGCUGGCAGCAGAAGCUGCAAAAGAUCCAAAGAAAUCUUCUUGGCCUAUUCUUGUGUUUUUUGGAAUCAUCCUUGGUGCACCUUGGUUGAUAUGGAAAUUUAUUACCAGAAUUGCUGAUCCUUCAGAAGGGAAAAAGUGGGCAACAGGUGAGGAAGACCACUUUGUAGCCCGAGCUGAGUUUGAUUUCAAGGGUGAAUCAGAUGAGGAGCUGUCUUUCACUGCCGGACAAAACAUCAACAUUGCUCCAAAAGAACUACAGCCAAGAAUGAAAGGUUGGUUGUUAGCUAGUAUUGAUGGAAAGAAAAGUGGCAUCAUUCCUGCUAAUUAUGUGAAAGUGUUGGGAAAGAAGAGAGGUACCAAGUACACACAGGCAGCUGCUUCAGAGAGUGCUCUUGCUCCAGUGAAUCCACCACCAGUAGCAGAACCAUCUAUCCCCAAGAGUGCUCCUCAACAAGGAAAGUCGUGUUGCCAUAGUGCCAGUAAACCUGUGAAUAUGUUAGAAAGCAUAUCAGAGAAUCAGUCCUUGGAAGAUGUCUUCCAGAAUGAUUGUAAUCAGGACAGUAUGCCAAACACAGAUUCUAGUGGUGCAAACACAACCAUAAAUGAUAUGAGCGCUGAGGACAUUUUGGGUGGGAGUACAAAUAAUCUUGAGUAAGAUUAUUGUCAAAAACUGUCAAUGUAACUUGUUUACAACAGAGCAGUUUUAAAACAAAAAUAAUAAAAGUCUUUCAUUGUUAUACUGUAUGAGUUUUCAAGGGAAAAACAUUUGUGAUUUGAGGGCUGGGAAAUUAUUAUAGAGGUACAGUUAACCAACUUUCUUUCAUGUGCGAUUAACUUCUGCAAAUGUCAAGGUUAGACAAGUUCUCGAAAACCAAUUGCCACAAAUCAAGACUGGGAUGAAAUUGCAGUUUUCAUAAAUAUCUUGAGUGCAGGAUGUAUGAUAUGUGUAGAGAGUCCAGAAUGGAAAUUAUCCAUGUAUUACAAAUGUCCGACAUCACAAAGAUGAUUUAAACAUGCUGAAGUACUGUAUGCAUGUUAACAGACAAAGUGUGUACCUGGUAUUAUAAAGCUGUUGUGUGGGGUCACAGUAAUACAAGUACAGUGUAUAGUCUGGUUCAAGAAGAAGGCUGUGUAAGAAAGUUGGUUUACAGUUUUAUCUAUAUAAUUAAUCAUCAAAAAUAGAUUUUUUUAAACAGACUUUUCAAAGUAAGACUCUAUUUACAUAUGUAUAUUAAAGAUACAUUUGUAUGUUUAUUGACUUGUCCACAAUCUGUACUUGGUGAAAAUGUUUGAAAAUUAUUGACAAACUAAGCUUUUUCCAUGAAAAUAGUUUAAACAGUUGGAAUGGUUCGGCCUAAGUGAAAACUGACAGGCACAAAUUGGGACUGAGACUGGCUUAUGGAAUAUUCAGCACAUGCAGUUUGAGAAGGGCAGCAGAGUCUGUCAAAACUAACAGGUUGACUGUCGUUAGUUUUCAGAAUCAGUACAUAGAACAUGGAAUACAGGUACAGUUCCUUUUUGGUUCAUGAUCAUGUUUGACAGAAAAUUCCAAGAACUGCAUUUAGUAAAACAUAUUCUGAGCUCUACCCUAUAGUAGUUCAAUUUUCCAAUCCCCAGUGCAUUUAUUAAUUGUGGAAAAGUUCUCUAUGUUUCUUUGACCAUUUUAACCAAGCCACAUGGAAUUAAGUAGCCCAGUUAAAAUGUGUAAUUGGUCAUUCUUUGUCUAAGAUGUGAAAGUCAUUCUGAACUGUUUUCCGUAAUGAUCAUGGUCAAUCUACUUUUUAAUCAUUUAAUUUAUAUAAAGGUAGUUGAUACAAUUUCUAAUACAUUUAUACAUAUGAAGACAAAUACAAGAUAUAGAUUUAUGGUACCUGUAUUUAAAUUCAUUUGAAAUUCCCAUUCACAAGUAUCAAAUGUAAUUAAAUUACAGCCGAUAGUGAAUGUCCUCUUUAGUAUACCUAACUUACAAUAGGUUUCCUAUUUCCUUACCAACAUAUACAGUGUACCUAGAAUUUUUCUGCAGAAUUUUAAACAUUUGAUAGAAAUUUCAAAAAAGCUGCAGUUAAAAUACAGUCCUAUCUAUUCUAGUUAUAACAUUGGAAACUUUCAGGAUAUUCAAAGGCAUCUGUCUUAAAAAUAAUGAAGAACACAUAAAAUUACCUUUAUUUUAAUCAUUAUUUGUCUGCUCCAUUAUCUAGGUGGAUGUCUGAGGUCUAAUUAAAUACCACAUUGAUAAAUUCAAGGGAUAAGAAACAUGUAUUUAAAUGUGGCUUUAUUUUCUGCACUUGUGAAACAAAAUUGAAAUAGAAGAUAUGUGUAUGAUUAAAAUUAUGAGCAAUCAAUAACAUUUAGUCCCUUUAAUUGUCUAUUAUACCAGGUGUUGACCAUGAAGAUUGCAUUUCAGUAGAAAGUAAAGUAUGUUCAAAUGAUCACUAAUGGUUAGGGGUGGGUUUUGCAAACAGUUUAUUUUGCAGUAUACUGUAUUAUUCAAAGAGAUAUUGCGAUAUAUGAUGAUAAAUGUAUUUUAUCUAUAUAUGAUUUUUUGGUAGAUCAAAGAGGUACAUAACACAUCGGUAGCUUAAUGCAGUGAUAAACUGAAAAACUACAUAAUUUUGAAGUUACAUAACACUACACAAGUUUACUUUAGAAUAUAUCUGACAAGUUAAAUUUUGGUUUCAAUAAAAAUUUCUCUACCAAAUCAUCCAAAGUUCUGCAGAUAAAUUUCUCAAACAGUUGAUGAAAGUUGCUGCAAUAUAUUGUGAUUUUAAAAAUCUUAUUGUGAUAUAUUGCCAUUUGACAAAUGUUGUGAUAAAUUAACUAUUGCGAUGUGAUUGCCCACCCCUACAUAUGAUGCAGUCAAAACCCAUUCUCUUAAAUUCUUAAAAAUAAUCUUUAUUUGUGGUCGCACCUGCACAUAAUUUUUAACAUCUGUAAUGUUCCAGUUAAGUUUGAUUUCUUUUUAUGUUAGUGACAGUUAAUCUGAAUGAGGUACUUGUAACCUAUAUCAGAAUUCCUUAUUUUAAUCUAUUUACUUUCAGGCAAUUUGAUGUUUGCAUAUAAAUAUCUGUUUUUGCUUUUGUUGCUUUACCUUUACUAGAAACUUUUGAACAUUAAAAUAAUUUACUAAUGAAGAUUUGAGAAAAGGCAAAGCCUUUCCUUAAUAAUGUGAAGGUUAAUUUAUUGAUGCAAUGAUUUAGUAUUAUUCAAUCUAUAUUUCUGUUAUGAGUUAUGAUUUA